AUGGCGUGUAUGCAUCAGGCUCAGCUAUACAAUGAUCUAGAGGAAUUGCUAACUGGUCCAUCAGUACCCAUCGUUGCUGGAGCUGCUGGAGCUGCAGCUCUCACUGCCUACAUUAACGCCAAAUACCACAUAGCCCAUGAUCUCAAGACCCUCGGUGGUGGAUUGACACAAUCGUCCGAAGCGAUUGAUUUCAUAAACCGCCGCGUCGCACAAAAGCGCGUCCUCACGCACCACAUCUUCCAGGAGCAGGUCCAAAAACAAUCAAAUCAUCCCUUUCUUAUCUUUGAGGGCAAGACAUGGUCUUACAAGGAGUUCUCUGAGGCAUACACGAGGGUCGCGAACUGGCUGAUUGAUGAGCUGGACGUACAAGUAGGGGAGAUGGUCGCAAUUGAUGGCGGAAAUAGUGCAGAGCACCUGAUGCUUUGGCUUGCACUUGAUGCAAUCGGUGCGGCUACGAGUUUUUUGAACUGGAACCUGACAGGGGCAGGGUUAAUUCAUUGCAUAAAGCUAUGCGAAUGUCGAUUCGUUAUCGCAGACAUCGAUAUUAAAGCGAACAUUGAACCGUGCCGUGGCGAACUGGAGGAGACGGGCAUCAACAUUCACUACUAUGACCCAUCCUUCAUCUCAUCGCUACCGAAUAACACGCCAAUUCCCGACAGCCGCACUGAGAACAUUGAAUUAGAUUCAGUACGAGGACUGAUAUACACAUCUGGAACCACUGGUCUACCUAAAGGCGUGUUUAUAAGCACUGGCCGCGAGCUUAGGACUGACUGGUCGAUUUCAAAGUAUCUAAAUCUCAAGCCCACGGAUCGAAUGUAUACAUGUAUGCCGCUCUACCAUGCCGCUGCACACAGCCUCUGUACAGCAUCAGUUAUUCAUGGUGGAGGUACCGUGGUAUUGAGCAGGAAAUUCUCACACAAGAAGUUCUGGCCUGAAGUUGUGGCUUCGGAAGCAAAUAUCAUUCAGUACGUUGGUGAAUUAGGUCGAUAUCUCCUGAAUGGUCCAAAGAGUCCUUACGACAGGGCCCAUAAAGUCCAGAUGGCGUGGGGCAAUGGCAUGCGUCCAGACGUGUGGGAAGCGUUUCGUGAACGCUUCAACAUACCAAUUAUUCAUGAGCUCUAUGCCGCAACCGAUGGGCUCGGGUCAAUGACCAAUCGUAACGCGGGCCCUUUUACAGCAAACUGUAUUGCGCUGCGAGGGCUGAUCUGGCACUGGAAAUUUCGAAAUCAGGAAGUGCUGGUCAAGAUGGAUCUCGAUACUGAUGAGAUCAUGAGAGAUCGCAAUGGGUUUGCGAUACGAUGCGCUGUCAAUGAACCUGGACAGAUGCUUUUUCGGCUGACACCCGAAACUCUGGCUGGUGCACCAAGCUACUACAACAACGAAACGGCCACACAGAGCAGGCGGAUUACAGAUGUGUUUCAAAAGGGUGACCUGUGGUUCAAGUCCGGUGACAUGCUACGGCAAGACGCCGAAGGCCGCGUCUACUUUGUCGAUCGACUAGGCGAUACGUUCCGCUGGAAAUCCGAAAACGUUUCUACCAAUGAAGUCGCGGACGUGAUGGGCACAUUUCCUCAGAUUGCUGAAACGAAUGUAUACGGUGUCCUUGUGCCGGGUAACGAUGGUCGAGCUGGCGCAGCCUCAAUUGUCAUGGCAGACGGCGUGACAGAGUCGACAUUCGACUUCGCUGCCCUUGCAAAGCACGCCCGAGAUCGGUUACCGGGUUAUGCUGUACCACUGUUUCUGAGGGUAACUCCAGCACUUGAAUAUACGGGCACAUUAAAGAUUCAGAAAGGACGCCUCAAGCAGGAAGGUAUAGACCCAGAUAAGAUUUCCGGCGAAGAUAAGUUAUACUGGCUGCCGCCUGGUAGCGAUAUAUAUUUACCAUUUGGAAAGAUGGAGUGGCAGGGAAUUGUAGAUAAGCGUAUACGGCUGUGAUAAAUACUAUUAUUUCAGCAACUUCUAGAUCUAGAUAAAUAUUAUGGCUUCCGA